CCCAGCGCUCUUCCAACAUUUCCCUUCCAAGGCUUUCCUUUCCCCCUCUCCCUGUCCAUCAGCAAUAUCCGCAAUGCGACGGCUUCUGAUUGCCGUUGCAGUCUCUAAUCAACAUGUCGUUCGCCGUUGAUCUCGCAAGCAAUCUGGUUGAAUCAAACGCUCCAGCGGAAGUGUUUGGAACCGAAACAGGCGGGCCUAUCCGCGUCCACAUUGGGGCUAGGGGUAAGCUGCCGGAAACAGCUUAGCUCCGAAUGACCAAGGUAACGGUAGCAUGUGCCCUUACGAAACCUGACCCCUCCGAAACCCAACCUGGUUGGAACCCAGCUCCAUCAAAAAAACAAUCAGCAGCAAAGUCCAGCACGCACCGCUACUCGCCAAGUCUCCCUACUCACUCCCACCUUGCGCUCCCUUUUCUACCUGUACCUAUCGAUUUCGCCUGCCACUUUCGCGCGCCGGGGUCGAGUAGCCCGUUAUGCUGCAGUGUCCCUUCUCAAACGCUCGCAACACGUUAUCAGAUCCGACUCGCUGGCAUACUCCCUACACAGUACUCGUACACAGUACACUACUAUCUCACCCCUCUGCGCUCCCCACCCUGUGGGAUCGGCCAUGCGACCAUCUGGCCCUGUCUGCCAUCCUUCCCACCGGCCCCAAAGCACAUCCCCCCCCCGCCGCCACCCUUACGUUACCUGCCUGCUGUGCCUCAGCGGUGGGCAUUUUGCACCACACCCGAGCAUUUCCCUAGGCGCGCUCAUCUCUUAGCGAAUACAACCCUCUCCUAUAUUCUCCGCCUGCCCGUACAACCAUGAUCAAGGCCCGUUUGCGACUUCGGUAUUCGAAUGCCACCGGCCCGCCUCAACCUUCUGUGCAUUGCGACGAGAGACUGGGCCCUGGCCUCGGACCAAAACGUGUCGCGUUGCGGUCUUGUUGCUUCUG